AAAAGAUGUUCCGAGCCUUUCGCCCUUUGCUUUACUGAGAGUGUCGCCAAAAGCUACAGCGCCCCUUCUCGGUGAAGCCGUUUAGUCAAAUCCAAAUCUGGAUUUGUUCGUUUGUCCACAUUUCUGUUUUUCUACACUUCUUCUGCAACAAGAAGAGGAGAUGUUCGACCGGUGCGUGCAGUCUCAUAACAAAAUAUUAAAGUAAUUUGCGCCGAGCUGUCAGGUUUGACAAAAUCGCAGUCGACUUUGAGUUCUGUUAUAUAUAUAUAUAAGUUGUCAGUUGUCCCACACACAAAAAAAAAGUCCAACUGAAAGCCUGGCCCAAGUCCAUGACAAUGUGGGCUUGCCUUGUGGCGAUUGCCUGUCUGGGCCGUGCAGAGCCAGAACCUGAGACCACACGCCUUGCAUCCUUUCUAGUCAUUGGCGACUGGGGGUGGGACGAAGUUGCACAUGGCAACAUUCAGUCUCGACACUGCCAGAAUCUGAUUGCGGAUCAGAUGCAUGCGACUUUUGCAGAGCUUGAGGAUGUAAAGUUUGUGAUCAAUGUGGGCGACUCUUUCUAUCCAACUGGUGUGACCAGUGAAGAUGACGAGCAGUGGGGUUCCAAAUGGCGGCAAGUAUACUCGGCAGAGCUGCGGAGCGUUCCCUGGUACAGCGUCUAUGGAAAUCAUGACAUGUUAGCAGACAAUGGCACCUGCUCCAAUGAUGAGCAGUAUGCUGCGCAGAUCAAUUAUGACAUGAAGGAUCUAGAUCAUUUCUUCAUGCCUGGCUUCUCUUGGUUUAUUGAGCACGAGGAUUUGGAUCUAGAGGUUUUGGCGUUGGACUUGAACGACCUGUGGGAGGAACACACUUGCCGCCACUCUCUUUGCAAAGAGGAGUGCGCAACAGUCAUUGCGGAAAGGACAGACGCAGCAUGGGAACUCUUUUACAGCAGGAUGGAGAUGAGCAAUGCCUCCAACCUCUUGGUGUUUUCCCAUUAUCCCACGGACUAUUUUUGGGCCUAUCCAGAUGUCAUUGGCAACCUGUCUGGAGCGAAAAGGCCGGGAGGCCUUGAGAGACACGUGGAAUACUUCGGAGGUCACCGGCACAACGUAGAUCAGACAUCGACGACCUCAAUUGCUCCCAAGAACAACUGGCUUGUUGGAGGUGGUGGUGGUUGGUCAUGUGAUGGCAGGGAGCAAGGCUUUUUGGUCGGAGAGAUAUUUGAUGAUGGCAGUGUCGUGACUCGACCCGUGCUUGUCGAUUACUGUGCUUGUUGUGGCUGCUGGUGGUGGUGGAGGCCAUUCCCUUGAUGCUAGCUGGCUUCACAGGUGCCCCCUUGUUUCGUGGGGGCUCGUGCAUGCACGUCCUGGCUGCAGCAAAGUUGGAGCCAGGCUACUUGUGUCAGAAAGUGACAUUUGCUUCCAGGUGCAUCACGGUGUCAGGCAGCAAAUUACUGUCGAC